UUUUUCUGCAAGCAGGAUAUUUACUUAUACAAACAAGGCUUUCUCUUUGUGUUCUGCUGUAGGUCUUGUGCACGCAGCCCUAUGGAAAGCAUUACAAAUAGAGUGAAAGAAAUAGGUGAGACAUUUUGUCGCAGCUACACUCAGUCAACAGAUGAACAACCCGGAUCUCAUAUAGACUUUGCUGUAAACAGAUUAAAACUGGCAGAGAUCUUGUACUAUAAAAUCUUGGAGACUAUAAUGGUACAAGAAACACGAAGACUACAUGGGAAGGACAUGACUGCUCUCUUGGAACAAGACGUCUUUCACCGCUCCCUCAUGGCAUGCUGCUUGGAGAUUGUGCUUUUUGCAUAUAGCUCACCUCGUACCUUUCCCUGGAUAAUUGAAGUACUUGACCUCAGGCCAUUCUAUUUUUAUAAGGUUAUUGAAGUACUGAUUCGGUCUGAGGAAGGACUUUCCAGAGACAUGGUGAAGCACCUUAACAGCAUAGAGGAACAAAUUCUUGAGAGUCUAGCCUGGACUCGGGACUCGGCACUCUGGAGUGCUCUCCAGGCUUCAGAAAACAGGGUCCCAACAUGUGAAGAAGUCAUAUUUCCCAGUAAUUUUGAAGCAAGCAGUGGAGGAAGUGGGCUUGGGCAUUUGCCUAUGAUGCCAAUAUCUCCCAUAGUUCAUCCUCGAGUUAAAGAGGUUCGGACAGAUCUUGGGACUUUAAGAAGGGACAUGCAGCCGUUGUCACCAAUCUCUGUUCAUGAGCGCUACAGUUCCCCUACAGCAGGAAGCGCUAAGAGAAGACUCUUUGGAGAUGACAGUCCCAAAGAAAUGCAGAUGGAAAAGAUUUUAACUGAGGGAACUAAGUUGACAAUUGCUCCAGCAUCAAGCAUUGCUACUGAAAAUAUAUCAGUUUCUCCUGGGCAAACAGUACUGGCCAUGACAACAGCUACAGUACCAGGAAAAGCAGGACAGAAGGUUACUAUCCCACUGCAUGGUAUUACGCAUGAAAUGGGUGGGAUCACAUUGAUACCCAUCUCCAUGAAUUUAGGUCAACCACCUAAAAUGGAGGCUCAGGCACCCUGCCACCCCCAGAUGAGCCAAGCACAAGAAGUGCAUCUGUCAACAGGAAGCAAACCAAAGAAAACAGGAUCCUUGGCACUGUUUUACAGAAAGGUUUAUCAUCUGGCAAGUGUACGCUUGCGUGAUCUGUGCUUAAAAUUGGACGUCUCCAAUGACUUGCGCAGGAAGAUAUGGACGUGUUUUGAAUUCACAUUGGUUCAUUGUGCUGAUCUAAUGAAAGACAGACAUUUGGACCAGCUCCUUCUCUGUGCCUUUUAUAUCAUGGCAAAGGUAACCAAAGAGGAAAGAACUUUUCAGGACAUAAUGAAAAGUUACAGAAAUCAGCCGCAAGCAAACAGCCAUGUUUAUAGGAGUGUUUUGUUGAGAAAUUUUUCUGAUGAUGUCCUUUUGGACAAAAAUAAAAACCAAGAUGUAGAGAUGACAGAAGACUCAUCUGUGAAAACUGGUACUUCCUCGGGAAGAUCUGCAGCAGAGAACUCCAGUGAGUCGGGAACAGAGGAGAGAGGAGAUCUUAUUAAAUUUUACAAUGCGGUCUAUGUAGGAAGAGUAAAAUCAUUUGCACUGAAGUAUGAUAUUACAAACCAGGAUCAUGUAAUGGAAGCCCCUCCUUUGUCUCCAUUCCCCAACAUUAAGCAACAGCCCGUAUCACCUCGACGGAUCUCUCAGCAGCACUCAGUUUAUGUUUCGCCUCAUAAGAAUGGUGCCUGCUUGACACCUCGAACUGCACUACUAUAUAAAUUUAAUGGGAGCCCUUCCAAGAGUUUGAAGGAUAUCAACAAUAUGAUAAAACAAGGUGAGCACAGGAGUAAGAAACGAGCAAUAACAAUUGAUAGUGAUACUGAAUCCCCUACGAAGCGACUCUGCCAGGAAAAUGAUGAUGUUCUACUUAAACGUCUCCAGGAUGUUGUCAGUGAAAGAGCAAAUCAUUAGAACUGCCAGUUUUCUGUGGGAUCUAGAAGCUAUGGAGCUUAAUACAGCUGUUGUGCUAUUUAUUUCUUGCAUUUCCAACGUGGUAUAUACAGACAACUGUGAAGUUUAACAUUGAACCUUUACCUGACUUUUGCAGGAUGCAAAAAGCAAGGGAUAAGUAGUAAAUGCCAGAGAAUGAAAGUGGUGAUGAUCUUUAUUCCUAAAGAACCUGCUAUGCUGGAAGGUACUCUCUUCAAGCUGAUUUAGCAAAUGAGAGAUCUGUAGAAAGCCAUGUUGGGUGUUCUUGAACCUAACAUAGAGUAUUUGAUUUCUGAGCGUAACUCAGCUUCUAGGAACAGGGGUGUUACUUUUGGAAUAAAAACAGUAAGGAAAUGAGUGAAAUCUGUUAAGUUUUUCAAGCUUUUUGUACUUGGGAAAGAAGCUUUAUAAGUGCCUUAUUUUUAAAAGAAUGUGGAAUUUUAUGCAUUACAAUGAAAUAACUGGAGUGGAGAACAGAUUGAUAAUUCAGCCUCAGUAAGAGCUGAAUAGUUUUGAACUGUAUGACUUGAUGUCCUGUGUUCUAUCUCCCAUCAGAACUUCACCAAAUAUGUAUGUUACAACCUGGAUCAGAGAGCUUCUGCAAUAAUGUAGGCAAUAAUCAAAAAGUAGAAGCAGCAGUGGCUUAAAUUGGACCCUGAAAUCUGAAAAAUCACUGAGAUAACUUUCUGAAUAAGUCCGAACUAACUUUAUCCCGAGCCAGUAAAUGCUGCCAUGGAAGCUGCUCCUUUCCAAUCAGAAGCUUGAUUUGCAACCCUGCUGUAGAAGCUGUUCAUAGGAAUUGUAGCUUAACUGUGAAGAAGUACAAAUUGGUUACAGAUGAAAAACAGCUUGGGCUUUGGCCAGCCUUACAGCUGUUGAAAUGUGUAAAUUCAUUUAACAAAUUGUAUCUCUUCCUUUUAUUUUUUCCUGAAGAUCUUAGUCUCUUGUUGUGUAGUAUCUACACUGAACGUAAGCCCAUCAGAUAAGGCAUAUUUGUAUAUAUGUUUUUAUAGCUAUUAAAGGCUUGGUUUCAUUGGAAAUGUGUAAAUUCCAGGAUCUAUUUCUUUUAAGUAAGCUGUUAACACUGAAGUAUUUGACAGGAUCUAUUUUGCCAAAAUGGAAAAAGUCUUUUUUUUUUUUUUCAUUACUAUAAAUCGGUAUUUUGAUCUUAUUUCAUAAUUGCAUUUAGGGUUAGAGACAUACAGAAAUUUCUCAGCACUAUAUUUUUCAACUUGUUUUGUAUAUAUUGUACUGGAGAAAACAAAAAUACAUAGGACUUGUAUGUAGAGCUCUGUUUACUUCAUUGUUCGGUUUGAGUAUGUGCUGCAAGAUCUGCUGUGCCACGGUUCCAGGGAAGAAUGCUAGUAUGAUCUCAGUCUCAGCUAGUCAAUCUGGACAGCAAAGAUGGAGGGAAAAUGUAUUUAAAAGUGUACAUGUGCAGGGACCCUACUCAGCAAAGAAUAGCAAGUUUACAAACUGUAAUUCAUUUUUGAGUUAACUACUUAAAUACCUGAUUUUUAACUUUCAGAAAAAGGUGCUUAUUUCUGAAAGGUGUGACUGUACAGAGCUGCAGUAUGAGGACACGCAGUCAACUAGGUUUAAUGUAGAUUCUUCUGUUCAUUUCCUUUAAUUUUAUUUGAAUAUAUGUCUUCAGAUCUUGAGACAAAGUGUAGAAGAAAAACAACCUGUCUUAAUCUGCUCAUUGGUGCUGUUACGACUAUAUCCAUUCAAAUUAUAAUCCUGUCCCUAAAAGCCUCCUGUAUUAUUAGGAGGUAAGGCUUGAUUUAGCCUUCCAUGGAGCUUGCUUUAUUUGCAUGGACGACUCCAGUCUUUCUGGAUGGUAGAUUUAAGGCUUAACAGCCUAAGUCUUUCAGCAGUAUUGUAAGGCAAGAAUGUACUUGAUUUGGUUGUAAUUUAACAUCAUGUGCAUAUCUCUCUUCCUCCUCACGUAUAUGCUCAUCACACUGUUACAGUAUUUUCUGAAACUGUAGAGAACUGAUGGUGCUCAAAUCCUUAUUAGUUGUCAUUAAUCAUAGUGUUUUUUCAUUAGAAAAAUGAAUAUACUGCAACUGGAUACAGUUCAGAUUUUUUCACCUGUUUAGGUGGUGGUAUAAAAAUAUUAUUGGACUUGUUAAACAGCUAAAACAAUGGCUUAUAUGAAAUGCUUGUAACGGUUUAAAGUGCCUUCACAUGUAAAUAUGUAUUUUAUAAUAAACAAAAAUAUUUUAACCUGA